AUGGCCGACAGCUCCGCCCCCAUCACCCUUCGCACCCGUAAAUUCAUCACCAACCGGCUGCUUGCCCGCCGUCAAUUCGUCCUCGAUGUCCUCCAUCCUUCCCGCCCAAACGUCUCGAAAGAGGAGCUCUCCGAGAAGCUCGCAUCGAUGUACAAGACUGAGAAGAACCGCGUAGUGACCUUUGGUUUCCGCACGCACUUUGGUGGAGGACGCAGUACUGGCUUUGCCUUGAUCUACGACGAUGAAGCAUCGCAAAAGAAGUUCGAACCCCGGUAUCGCUUGGUCCGAUCUGGGCUAGCACCGAAGGUGGAGAAGGCGUCACGUAAGCUGCGGAAGGAGCGCAAAAACCGUGCCAAGAAGCUCCGUGGCACCAAAAAAGUCAAGGCCGCCGAGCCUCCGAAGAAGGGCAAGUAA